AUGGGUAAAAGAAAAAUUGUCCUGUCUGAAUCUGAUUCUGAAACUGAUUUAUUCAGAAAAGAUACUAGGGAUUAUGAUCUAGAUACACCUUUAUCUAAAUCUGGAGAUUUGGAUAUCCCGCUUUCUAAAACAGUUACUUUGAGCCAUAAAAAGUUAAAGACUGUCAAAAACGAAGACGAAGUAGAUGAGGAGACUAGUUUAUCUGGAUUCACGAGUAAUACUUCAGUUUCAUCAUCUCCAGUUAAGAGAAUCAAAAAGGAAAGUAAGAGUAAGAGUAAAACCAAGACUGGAACUGAACCUAAGUUUAACACUAAAGCUAAAACAUCUUUAAAAAAGGAAGUUACUGAAAGUAAACUCAUUAAAGAAGAAACUCCUGGUGAACAAAAUGCAGAAGGUGAAGUAGAAGAGGAUGAAGAAGAAGAAGAAGAAGAAGAAUAUAAAUGGUGGGAAGAUAAUGAGAAUGAUGGUUCAGUACAAUGGACAACAUUUAGGCACAAUGGUGUUUUAUUCCCACCGGUAUAUGUACCAUUGCCAUCUCAUAUCAAAUUAUAUUAUGAUGGAAAUCCAGUAGACUUACCACCAGCAGCAGAAGAAGUAGCAGGGUUCUAUGCUGGUGUGAUAGGUACCGAUCAUGAACAGAACCCAAUCUUCCGUAAGAAUUUCUUUACUGAUUUCAAAAAAGUUUUACAAGAGAACGGUGGUACAUUAAAUGGUGUCUCAAUUGAAAAUUUUUCAAAAUGUGAUUUUUCAAGGAUAGUUGAUUAUUUGCAACAACAGAAAGAAAUUAAAAAACAGUUAAGUGCUCAAGAAAAGAAGCAAUUGAGAAUAGAGAAAGAAGAAUUCGAAGAACCAUACAAAUUUUGUGAAGUCAACGGACGUCGUGAACAAGUUGGUAAUUUUAGAGUAGAACCUCCUGAUUUAUUUAGAGGUCGUGGUGCUCACCCCAAAACAGGUAAAUUGAAGAGGAGAAUAUAUCCUGAGGAUAUUGUAUUGAAUUUAGAUAAAGAUGCCCCAAUUCCACCGGUUCCAGAGGGACAUCAUUGGGGAGAAAUUAAGCAUGACAACACAGUUCAAUGGCUUGCCAUGUGGAGAGAAAACAUUUCAAAUUCUUUUAAAUACGUUAGACUUGCUGCAAACUCAUCAUUUAAGGGACAAAGUGAUUUAAAAAAAUUUGAAAAGGCACGAGAACUGAAAAAGCAUAUCAAUACUAUUAGAAGAGAUUAUAAAAAAAAUAUGAAGAAUAAAUUAAUGGUUGAAAGACAAAAAGCUGUUGCAAUUUACUUAAUCGAUGUUUUUGCCUUGAGAGCAGGUGGUGAAAAAUCUGAUGAUGAAGCUGAUACUGUUGGUUGUUGCUCUUUAAGAUACGAGCAUGUAACUUUAAAGCCACCUCAAACUGUUAUUUUCGAUUUUUUAGGUAAGGAUUCCAUUAGAUUCUAUCAAGAAGUUGAGGUAGAAAAGCAAGUCUUCAAAAAUCUAGCAAUUUUUAAAAGACUACCUAAAAAGCCUGGUGAUCAAUUAUUUGACAGAUUAGAUCCAUCCAUUUUAAAUAAAUUUUUACAAAACUACAUGCCUGGUUUAACUGCGAAGGUAUUUCGUACAUACAACGCUUCAAAGACAAUGCAAGACCAAUUAGAUUUAAUACCCAAUAAAGGUUCAGUUGCUGAGAAGUUAUUAAAAUAUAAUGCUGCGAACAGAACGGUUGCAAUUCUAUGUAACCAUCAACGUACAAUCAGCAAAACACAUAAACAAACUAUAGAGAAGGCAAGUGAUAGAAUCAGAGAAUUAGAAUGGCAAGCGUGGAGAUUAAAAAAAGCAAUGGUUCAAAUAGAUGCAGAUGCCGUAAAUAAGAGUAAAAAUAAAAAAUUCUUAACAAAAGUAAUCAAGACAUUCACUAAAACGGAGCAGAAGAAAAUUCAUAAGCUCAUUAUUGAUAGAGAAAAUGACCGAGUACAAAAAAGGUACAUAAGAGAGAACGAUGCAAAGAAAUUCGAAAACGAGGAAGAACUAGGUGAAUCUGUUCUAAAAGAAUGGUUACAAAAAGUUGAAGAGAAAAAAAUUGAAUACAACAAAGAAGUUGAAAGCGAUGAGAUCGAAAUCACAACGAAGAUCAAUACGGUAGAAAAAAUCGAGAAACAAUUAGAAAAAUUAAAAUUAAGAAUCGAAACAUCUUCCAUUCAAUUAAAGGACAGAGAAGAAAACUCACAAGUCUCACUGGGAACUUCAAAGAUCAACUAUAUUGAUCCUAGAUUGUCAGUCGUCUUCUGCAAGAAAUACGAUAUUCCAAUCGAAAAAAUCUUCACGAAAACUUUAAGAGAGAAAUUCAAAUGGGCAAUUGAGUCCGUAGAUGAAAACUGGAGAUUCUAA